GGGAGAGAAAAGCAAAAUGGUUCGAUUCAGUUGGAUUAAUACGUCUUUAUUUGUGAUACUGGUGCUUCAGUUUACAGCUGUAACUGGACAGAACUCCCUCUCCUUCACUGUCAAAGUUGGAGAUGAAGUCACUUUGCCUUGUGAAAAUGUGAUAAAUAAUCAGGACAAGUGUGACGGUACUUCCUGGGUUGUCAGUCGUUAUAUUGAGACAACAGAGCUGGUUACACAUGGGAAGAUCAGUAAAAUUGAGAUUUCCAAAGCUAAAUCAGACAGAAUGAGUGUUACAGAGAACUGUUCUCUGGUUAUAAAUAACGUCACAGACGAGGAUGUUGGUCGUUACACCUGCAGACAGUUCAACAAAUCAGGACAACAACAAGCUCCAGACUCUCUGGUUUAUCUGUCUGUUAUUACCAUGAAACACUUUCAGAACAAUGAUCAGGUCAGCUUGUACUGCAAUGUGUUUACAUUUGGCGAGUGUGGACACACAGUCGAGUGGUUGUAUCAGGGCGAUGAGAACGACACGGCGACAUCACAGGGUUCCUGUUCAGAUAUUGUGGUAUUUACUCCUCGUCUUAAUCAGAAUUCAAACUAUUCUGAGUUACUGAAGUGUAACGUGACAGAUAACAAGAGUGGACAGAUGCUGCUGUGUAGCGUUGGCCUCCAGUCCUCAUGUCAGAAAACAGUUCGUACGUCAAAAUCAAAAGGUAUCACAACAGAGGGGAGAAACGAAACUCUACUCGCAAAGGUUGAAACUACAUUGAAACAAGUUUUAGCAGCACUCUCAAUAAGUGUUGUGGCGGUCAAAAUAUGGACGAAAACUAAAAGGGAACAAAACACAGAUGGAUGAAAAUGUUGCGGCUCCUCAAGAUGGUGUUUCGAAGUUACACCAAGGUGCCCAACCGUAAGGCCCAGGUAAGCUGUCGGAUUGGUUAUCCAAAGAAAGAAGUCGGAGCCAGCAAAUUUAAUGACAAUUCAUCCAAUAAUUGUUAAGACAUUUCACUUAAAACCACAAAUGUGGUGCUCAAGGAAAAAUCAGGGAAUCACCAAAAUCAUCAAGGUUCGUUCUUUGUGAGCGAUGAAUGUCUGUGCCAAAUAUUGUGCCAAUUCAUAAAGUAGACGUUGACAUAUUUCACAAAAUAAUUCAAAACUUUGAACUGCUUCUUGCUCUAAAGGAGAAGUCAAAGAAGUCAGAAGUUAUUAAGAUUCAUCCUCCUGGACUCGAAUGUCUGAAUAAAAUGUCACUAUAAUUGA